AUGCCAUCCGCUUCUUUGUGCUCAUCUUUUUUAAAUCGUCACAAUAUUGAUGCAGUGCAUCGAUUAAUUGAGGCUUUUUUACAAUACAAACAAGACGCUGCCUGCGCUGAGUGCCUCAGUUUGUUAUUCAAUUAUCAAUAUCAACGUAAAGAUUUACGAGCUUGUGCUGAAAUCGUCAAAUCAUGUAGUGAAUUGGAAAUGCCAUUGAGCGAAUUGCAAAAUGAACAGUUUCUUACGCUGUUUCUCAGCCAAACCGAAUCGCCAUGUGAAAAUGUCAGCAAAUCGAUACCAUCCAACCUGCAAAAGCCGUACAAACAGUUCCAGUAUAAAUUUUAAGCAAUACUUGCGGUACAUUUUUGUACCUUACAUUUUUUUAGUAGAAUCGUAGUUGCACACUUGUUACUUUUUAGACUUUCUUUACAAUAUUAAGACCGAAAAAAUUCUAUUACAAUUUUGAGAGCAAUCACUGGUUUUAAUGUAAAUUGCAUGCACUAAAGUUUCGUUUAGGUUGUAAGCGUUAAAGCAAUACUUUUGCAAUAUUUUCACUAUGUAGUCAAUAAAGAUUAAUUGUUGCAAAUUAAUAAUAACUUUCUUU